AUGAUACCAUCCCUAGAGGACGGGCGUGUCUGUGAUAACAGCUGUAUAGGUUCUCAGCGAGUAUUCUGGUCUAUUCUUAGUGGGUUCAGCCUGCCCAAGGGAGUCUUUGAUUUCAUUGACGAGGGGGAUCUGAUUCGGCUUAUUACACAUCAACACUUUCUUUCGGAGGUACAAGCGCGCAACCCUUCAGUGAUGGCCUUUCUAAAGGACAAAACUACGCUAGUUCGUCUUCCUCGCAUUCUCUUUGGUCCAUCGCCCCUCGACUUCGCUUUGCCUCUCGAGACAAAAGCUAUUUUAGUCCGUGACCAGGAUUUUCUGCAGAAAAAAGAGGCUGAGCACAAAGGUUUCCGCACAGAAGUGGCUGCUAUAAUAGUUCAGCUCUUUUCGGCAUUUGAGCAUACGACAGACUUUAUAGAAUGCUAUAUGACUAAAGAGAUGCUUCCACAUCUUGUGUACAUAGGGUACAUGAGCUUACAGCAGGAGCGUCGCGAUAAGGUGAUCGAACAGCAAAUGUUACUCACCAAUUUUGCCAGUCUUCUCAAGUCAAUAUUCCAGAAGGACGACAGAUAUAAGAUGUUUUUCACUUUGCUGCCUGGGAUAGAGAGCGGCUAUCUCCUCACAAAGUUAAUAUACUUUGCUCCUUGGCCUGCCAUAGAAGAUAUUCUAGUCUUUAUGUCCAUUCGCCGCCUGAAGAAUCCCCAAUACGAGCACGAUCUUGUCAGAUUUUUAGACAAGUGGAAUCCACUCUCAGUAUUCGCUAGUCUCCUCACGGGUCAACGGGAGUCUUACAUGCCGUCAUCUUACUUGGAUGGCUGUAAAAACUACUUUACUCAGUUCAUCUCUCAACACACCGGCCCUCUUGCCACGGCAGUGAUACUUUCUUCUAGUGUGAAGCUGAUCGCCAAGUACAUAGGGAUGGCACUUAGAGGAGACCAACUGGAGCGGCUAACUGAGGUGUGGCUCUGUGUUGUUGGCCAGUGCCUAAUCAAGAUACAGAGGCUUCUGAUGUUUUAUAGCCAGGACAUCCUGGACAAAGUCCGCAAUGACACUGUCGACCUAUCUUUGCCGUUUGACGACAUAACCUGCAUAGAGGACCCAACUACACAUAUUCCUAUAUCUCGUCAGCUUCUCAAGUGGGUCCUGGAGCGCCCACCAUCGCCAGCCCCUGAGCUCCAGCCCUUGCUGGUAGGAACACAUGGAGAACAGCUCCUCCAUUCAGUCACAGAAGAGGCGAAAAGCGUCUUAGCAUAUAUCGAUGUGGCAGAAGAAUUCGUUCAGCUUAUUCCCAUAUAUGCACAACGACUGGCCGAUCUUGCCCAAGAAACCCCAGAUGAGUCGCAGGGACGCUUUUCGCUGCUCCUAGAAUAUGCUCGGUUCUUUGCCCGGAUAGUUUCCAUCCCUGCAAGCAUGAAGGCGCACAUUUACGACAUGCUUAAGGGCUGCGGACCGACUUCAGAGUUUAAUGGGACCGGAACUGGGGUCUCUAACGAGAUCUACCUGUCUCUGGAUGGCUCUCAAUAUGCCGAUCUUCCAGAAACAGCCUUAGCGUCUGUAGGGGGGACCUCUGAGGUAGAACUGAAAGCCACGUCGUUCUUGGCUGGCCGAGUGCGCUUACCUUACUCCCCGAUUAAUAUUAUAGAGGUAAUUGACAAUACUGGGAUCCCUGCUACUCUCCUAAGCCUACUCACCACGUAUAGAGGUGGGCAGUGUGCGCACUCAUCCACCCUAGGAUUCUAUGUAUUCCGAGUACUUAAAGUUAUCCUAGCAUAUAGCAGAUUUAAUAGCAGCUUAGUGACGCGUGUCUUUUCCACACACGGGAUGGAGGAUCUAAUUUUCAGCCUUUGCAAGACUGACUUGACACCAGAACAGAAGUCGUUGCUUCCAUUUGUCCGCGAUUUUGUCUUGACAGCAUUUAGGCUUGCUGCUGGAAUACCCGAUAUGCACCUUUACACUCAUAAAAAGAGAAACGUGUCCCUUCGUGGUGACUCCACGUCUGGCCAAGGCCGGGCAUUCGUCCCCGAAACCGUUGCGCAGAUCGAAGAAAUGAUUUAUAACAUGGAUGAGGCCAAUAUGAAUCUAUUAAUGUACCUACAAGAGUCACCAAUAAUCAAGACCUUCAAUGAUAUCCACUGCGCUCCACUGGCUGCGCGGAAAACUGUGUUUUCGGACAGCAGCGAUGUCUCCUCCUCGAGAGGUGUCGACGGAAGUGGAAAAAAGCGGUGUCUAGCUGACCAAAGCGCCAUCGACUCCUUGACGGCGAGUAUUCAAUCUUGGUAG